AUGGCGAUCGCCACUAUCUUCCAUUCUGACCGAGAUCUGUGUGGAACGGUUCGAAGAAACGGCGUUGAAUCAAUGGGACUCAGACCACUGGAUGAUACAUUGGUCCUAUGGAAGCAUGGUGAAGAGCAACCGGACGUAUUUCGCGUACAUCUGAACUCCAUGCACGAAAACAUAGCAGUGCAGCCGUUGUUCGUGGCGAUGGACAGCUGCGUCAUGCACUAUUUACGACGAAUAUGCGAUGAGCGGCAUAUGCAUCGGGCGAGCCGUGAAGAACGGAAGGAAUAUCAACGGAACGGAACGGUCUAUCAACUGCAAAUCGCUCGGAUCGAUCAUCACCGCCAGAUCCGCCAUGUAGGCGCUGUCAAGCCGUACUGUGCGCUCCGAGUCCGAGCGGAACUGGCGAAUGAUGUCGACGAAUCAUCGAUCACUUCCGUCCGUAUCGUCGUCGAUCACAGCCACCGUACGACGUCUACCACGAAGUCAGGAGGACGGUAUUUCGUAUCAUGUUUAUAA